CUCAAACAGCAACCUCACAAUGCCCUUUAAAACUAAGGUACCCCCUCCUUCCAGUGAACCACCCUCAACCACUUAAUAUCCACUUCACUCUCAGCAAUGGCCUCUUCCAACAAGCUCUCUGCAGCUCUUCUCAUCUUCUUAGUCCUUCUCUACUCUUCCACAUUCUCCAGUGCUUGCGGUACAUGCAAGCCUCACCCCAAGCCUACACCACCAACUCCAGCUGUCGCAAAGUGCCCAAAAGACACGUUGAAGCUAGGAGUUUGUGCAGACCUUCUAGGGCUUCUGAAUCUCCAAAUUGGAGACCCUCCAACCAGUCCUUGCUGUGCAUUGCUUGAAGGCCUGGCUGAUGUGGAGGCUGCGCUUUGUCUCUGCACUGCUCUCAAGGCCAAUGUGCUUGGUAUUAAUUUGAAUGUGCCAAUUGAUUUGAGCUUGCUUCUUAGUGCUUGCCAGAAAACUAUACCUUCUGGUUUUCAAUGCGAAUAAUAAGUACUUCGACUACAAAGCUAGCUUCUCCAUUGGGGUAGCGGUACUAAUUGAUUGGUAUUUUGUUGUGCAAUUUGAGAUAAUUAUUGGUGUGCUUAUUUGGUUUAGUGAUGUUAAUUGCGGUUUGUUUCUCGAUCUUUAUCUUGCUUUGGUUUUUUUUCAUUUGUGAAUAAUAGUCAUGUAGGGCAGUGAUGCCCAAUUCGUUAGAAUAACAAGGCAAGCCUGUUUGCCUUAUAAAUUUCUUGUGUAAUGCUUGUUCUUUCUUGUUCUUCUACUUUAGUGGUCUGAAUAAUGCUUUGUCUGUACUAAA